AUGGCGCCUGCUGAGAAAUGGCUCUCCACGCUGUUCGCGGCGGCCGUGGUCUCCUUCCUCCUCCUCGUCCUCUCGGUCACCAGCUCUCCUUCCUUUUCCACGUCCCGCAGGGCGGUCCCCGAAGCUCUCGCGGUCAGUAUGGACUCCCGGCGCAGCGCCCCGAUCCCCGCAUUUGCCUAUUAUAUCUCCGGCGGCCGGGGUGACCGAGAUCGGGUUCUGCGCCUCUUGCUCGCUGUGUACCAUCCGAGGAAUUUGUACCUCCUGCACUUGUCAAAGGACGCGCCGGAUUCCGAGCGGGCCGGCCUGGCCACCGCCGUGAGAUCGGCCCUCCCGGCGGCGCGAGCAUUUGGUAACGUGCACGUCGUGGGCAACCCCGCCGCCGCCACCUACAUGGGGUCGUCGGUGCUUGCCGCGACUCUCCACGGCGCCUCUGCCCUCCUCAGGUUGAGCAGGGGCUGGGAUUGGUUCAUCACUCUGAGCGCCGCAGACUAUCCAUUAAUCACUCAGGACGGUAUGUGCUGCAACCAGUGCUGCUUUAUCUCAAGGGUAGAUCGGCUCCUUGUGGGCCUCUAAAUUUGGAAACUUUCUGCUUUAGAUUUUUUUAUAUCUAUCUUUAUUCAGUGUUCGAAAUCUCAGACGACUCAGAUUGAUUGGCAUACUAGAUUAAUCCCGCUGAGCAUGGUGUCUGUGUGGUUUGAAACUCUUCUUGGCUUGCUCUCUGGACUAUUGAAGAAGAGCAAUGUGCUUCAAAAGUUUCUCGCACAACGGUUUUGAUUUCCUCUGGAGUUCAGUCAGAUCUGAGGAAGUUUCUCUCAUCUGAUUCGAUCUCUUUUACCAUGUUCAUCGAUUCAAAUAGGCACCUAGAGAUAACCGCGCGGCUGUAAUACUUGGGAUUUAACAACAUAUAUAGUAUCUGUCUGUUGUCCUCUGUCGAUCCACAGAGUAGGUCGAGCAGGAUCAUAUCAGUAUUACCAUCUCUGUUCAUUAAGACUGUGAUGCUUGCCGAUUGCUAUGAACACUCUUGCGGUUUAUAUUUUAUAAUUCGGGGAUGCAUUUUACACAUUACCAUGCUUCCCACAACACCUCCUCUUUCCUUUUCUGUCUGCCUUGGAUAAACUGCCAGUUAUCCUUGGUCUGAGCAUAGUUCAAUUUCUCUGUGUUGGUUGUCUCUACCGUUUCGUUUCCAUUUUCGCAUAUUAUUUAGAUAGAGAAGCCCUUUGCUCAGACUUUACUCCCUUCUCCCUCUCUCCCUUCCUCUCCUCUCCCCACAGAUUUGCUCCAUGUCUUCUCAUCCGCCCCGAGGUACCUCAACUUCAUCGACCACACGAGUGACAUUGGCUGGAAAGAGUAAGGAGCCCUCUGAUCAUAUGAGAUAUUCAUUCUUCAUCACACCGCUGCAAGCUCUCUGGAUUGACAACCUGCAUGUAAUUCCUCCCCAGAUACCACCGGGUGCAGCCAAUCGUGGUCGACCCAGGGAUUUACUUGGCGAGGAGGAGCCAGAUAUUCUACGCCCAAGAGCGGAGGAAGACUCCCAAAUCGUUCAAGUUCUUCACUGGUAGCAUCCUCUUCCCUGGCCUUCUUCUCCCUCCUGCGAGUCCUCUUAGAGAUGGAUUAUAUUAAUAUCUCGUGGUCGUUCUUCGUCGGCAGGAUCUCCGUGGGUGAUUCUGAGCCGACCCUUUGUUGAAUUCUGCAUCUUUGGCUGGGACAACCUGCCGAGGAGGCUUCUGCUGUAUUUCUCCAACGUGGUCAUUCCCCAGGAAGGGUACUUCCACUCGGUCGUCUGCAACGCCCCCGACUUCCAGAACACCACGGUGAACAGCGACAUGAGGUUCAUGGAGUGGGACUCGCCGCCACAGAUGGAGUCCCACCACCUGAACUCCUCCGACUUCGGCAAGAUCGCCGCCAGUGGAGCGCCAUUUGCCCGGCAGUUCCUUGAGGGCGAGCCGGUGCUGGAUGAGAUCGAUGCGAGGAUCCUUGGGCGGCGGCGGGGGUGGCCGGUCCCCGGCGGUUGGUGCAGCGGCGACGGGCGGUGGUGGUCGGACCGGUGCUCGUCUUGGGGAGACAUCGGGAAGGUGGUGCCAGGCCCGAGAGCGGAGAAGCUGGGAGUGAAGAUGAAGGAGCUCCUAGCCGGCUGGCGGUCGCAGGCGAGCUCCUGCAGAUGA